GGGCGUGUUGACGGACCCUCCUGCCAGCUGUGGUUCGGUUGGUGGAACUGACAAAUUGAGCCGAAGAUCCUGCUGUCAACUUUAACAAAGUGCUGUUUCCUCGCGUUGACAGAAGAUGUUUUUUGCCAAAAAGUUUAUCGGUGGCGUCAUUGAUGUUAUCAGCAACAUUGACCCAGCCCAGUUUGUGCCUUCUGAACCUCCUCCACCACGAAGGCCAACUGUAUAUGCAGAGCAGCAUGAGAGUGAUGAGGAGAAACAGUUUCGCAGAGUCUUCCAGCAACUCGCUGGGGAUGACAUGGAAGUGAGCCCAUCUGAGCUGAUGAACAUCCUAAACAGAAUCAUUGCAAAGCAUGACGACCUGAAGACAGAUGGUUUCAGCAUUGAGUCUUGCAGGAGCAUGGUGGCAGUCAUGGAUAGUGACAGCACUGGAAAACUCGGCUUUCACGAAUUCAAACACCUCUGGAACAAUAUAAAGAAAUGGCAGGGAGUGUACAAAUCCCAUGACACAGAUGGCUCUGGUGUCAUUGGUGCAGAUGAGUUGCCCAAUGCUUUCAGAGCUGCUGGCUUCCCCCUCAAUGAACAGCUGUUCCAGAUGAUAAUUCGCAGAUACAGCGAUGAAAAUGGGAACAUGGAUUUUGACAAUUACAUUGGCUGCCUUGUGAGGCUGGAUGCCAUGUGCCGUGCCUUCAAAACCCUGGAUAAGGACAACAAUGGGACUAUCAAAGUCAAUGUUCAGGAGUGGCUUCAGCUGACCAUGUACUCUUGAGUGCGGACAAGAUCUCUCCUGCUUGUUAUACAGAACCACUUUCUUUGACUACUCAGUACAAAAUAUUUUCUCAGCCAUCCCUAUUACUUCCAGUUAUUCAGCAAAUCCCUUGUGUGUGCAGGUUUAUUUACUUCAGUGCAAGUGUUGUGGGAUUGUUCACUGUUCCAGAAUACUUGCAAGACAGAAUUUAUACUGUAUUACCAACCCAGAAAAGUACAACACUGCAGUCACAAUGGUACCCAUAGCUGAGCACCCAAAAGGAAUGCUGCUAAAUGUUCUAUAUAGCCAACAUGAUUCAGGUGAUUCAUAACGAUAAUGGUAUGUUGAAUUGGUGUCAUUUGGUCUGCUUGUAUGGCAUUUGUAUUCGAUCUGCCCCAUGCACUCAAGUCAAAUUGGCAUGCGAGGAGGCAGGCCAACAUUAAGAUGACUUACACUGUGAAAUCUUUCAAAAACCCAAUCUGAAAGCUCCUAUGUGUCUGGUUUCACAAAGAUUAUAUGUUAGAGAGGUCUGUGGAAAUAGGCCAAUGCUUAGUUUUGGCAUUAGACAGUUAAACAAAAAUAGAGUGACAUUUGUUUUUCACACCCAACAUCUCAGUGCCGCCUGCUGCCAAAAACAGGAAAGCCUGCUUCUCUUAUCACCGUAAACAUCAACAGAGGUUACCAGUGUGAAGCUGGAGCUUGGUCGGCCAUGUUUUUGGUUUGGUAGGCCACUCACACUGGUGUUUUCACCUGUGUUGCCUUAUUAUAUCUUCUCUGUGUAGACUGCUUGGUUGACAUCUCGGGCUCAGCUGUCACUUUUGUGACACCUGUUGGUUGUUUUUAUUAUUACAUGAAAUUUAUUGACCUUGUAAAUUCUCAGGAAUACUCCACCAAACUUAAACCUGAGUAGGGCACAAACCAGCCUUCACACUAACUGAAAACACCUGUGAGGUCAUAAGAAUCCUAAGAGUGGAAGUUGUCCCACCUGAACAGGUGCAACAAAACUAACUGGAGUGUUGGGGAAAAGGCUGUCAGUCUGUACACACCCUUGCAGCCCCGAGUGGGUGGACCAUGUCUUUGCAGAGACUUUCAGAUGAACAAGAACCAGACAGAUUUGUACUUAUACAUGUGUGAAGUUUUAUUGUUUGGUAUACCCAGUCAUAUACAUUCUCUUUGUGAAACCAGCCCAAAGUCCACUGACACACAAACAACAACGUGAGACAGCUCACCAUUUUGUUUAGAGCUUAGAGACAAGUAAGGUAGAUGUUUGAAUUAUGAUACAUUUUUGUCACAACCUAUUGCAAGCACAUCAUGGUGUAAUGGUUAGGACACUCCACUAUCUUGCAUCAGAGUUGUACUGGUAAUGUAUAUGCAUAGUAGUCUGGAAUCCCAGUGCGUUUUGUUUGGGCAGGAUAAUUUUGCAUUUCAUGUUUAAUGCUGGUAGUGCAGCUUGGCCACAGCAUUACGUCUCAGCUUACAGAUCACUUUUCUUACCACUGUGUACUUCUUCAAAAUGCCUGCACCAGAUAAUGCCAGCACAAUAUGUAAAUUGCUAAUAUAUCAAAUAUGUGAUAUGCCACUAAUGCAUGCAGUCAGUAGUAAAUUUGCCAGUUAUAGGUACAGCCAGUCAUUAAACUGUUACUGAAAAUGCUUAUUAAAAUAAUACCUGUGCCAUAUUUACAAUAAAAGAAGUAUGUUAAA